AUGUCUACCUUUGGCUACAGAAGAGGUCUAAGCAAAUAUGAGUCCAUCGAUGAGGACGAGCUCCUCGCUUCUCUGUCAGCUGAGGAGCUGAAGGAGCUAGAGAGGGAGUUGGAAGACAUUGAACCUGAUCACAGACUUCCUGUGGGGCUAAGGCAAAAGAGCCUGACCGAGAAAACACCCACGGGAACAUUCAGCAGAGAGGCACUGAUGGCCUAUUGGGAAAAGGAGUCCCAAAAACUCUUGGAGAAGGAGAGGCUGGGGGAGUGUGGAAAGGUAGAAGAAGACAAAGAGGAGAGUGAGGAAGAGCUUAUCUUUACUGAAAGUAACAGUGAGGUCUCCGAGGAGGUGUACACUGAAGAAGAGGAGCAGGGGGAGUCCCAGGAGGAAGAUGAGGAAGAAGAAACAGACAGCGAUGACGAAGAAAGAACAAUUGAGAAUGUGAAAGGUAUUAAUGGAUCUGUAAAUGAUGAUGGUGUUAAAUCCGACAACUCUAAGCCAACAACAUUUCGAAGUCAAUUAGAAAACAUAAAUCUGACCAACGGCCACAGUGGAAGGAACACAGAGUCACCUGCUGCUAUUCACCCUUGUGGGAAUCCUACGGUCAUUGAGGAGGCUUUGGAAAAGAUUAAAAACAAUGACCCUGACACCGUAGAAGUCAAUUUGAACAAUAUAGAAAACAUCACAACACAGACCCUUACUCGCUUUGCCGAAGCCCUCAAGGACAACACGACGGUGAAGACGUUCAGUCUGGCCAACACCCGAGCUGAUGACAGUGCGGCUAUGGCCAUUGCAGAAAUGCUCAAAGUCAAUGAGCACAUCACCAACAUAAACAUCGAAACCAACUUUAUAACGGGAAAGGGGAUCCUGGCCAUCAUGAAAGCCCUGCAGCACAACACGGUGCUCACCGAGCUGCGCUUCCACAACCAAAGGCACAUCAUGGGUAGCCAAGUGGAGAUGGAGAUAGUCAAGCUGCUGAAGGAGAACACAACACUGCUGAGGCUGGGCUACCAUUUCGAGCUCCCAGGACCAAGAAUGAGCAUGACAAGCAUUUUGACAAGAAAUAUGGAUAAACAGAGGCAAAAGCGGAUGCAGGAGCAGAAACAGCAAGAGGGAUAUAAUGGAGGAUCUAAUCUUAGGACCAAAGUCUGGCAAAGAGGAACACCUGGCUCUUCACCUUAUGCAUCACCCAGGCACUCUCCCUGGUCAUCCCCCAAACUCCCCAAGAAAAUCCAAACUGCAAGGAACCAUGCUCCGUCUCCUGUAGCCACACCCCCUCCUCCUCCACCACCCCCUCCACCCCAAGUGCUGCCACCACCACCACCUCCUCCACCACCACCUCCUCCUCCUCCACUCCCAGAGAAAAAGUUGAUCACUCGAAACAUUGCAGAAGUCAUCAAACAACAGGAGAGUGCCCAACGGGCCUUACAAAAUGGACAGAAGAAGAAGAAAGGGAAAAAGGUUAAGAAACAGCCAAACAAUAUCCUAAAGGAAAUAAAAAAUUCUCUGAAGUCAGUGCAAGAGAAGAAAAUGGAAGACAGUUCUCGACCUUCUACUCCACAGAGAUCAGCUCAUGACAAUCUUAUGGAAGCAAUCAGAGGAAGCAGCAUAAGACAGCUAAGGCGGGUGGAAGUUCCAGAAGCUCUGCGAUAA